CAGGAUCUGAUCGCAGCUCGGUCUGCUGUGGGAACGGUUCGGGGCUGCAGAUCCUAACGAAGCGGGUGCUGCGCGGUUUGGGACGGACCUGGACGCGUGAGAGAGCUCGGUAAAAGUAGAUGUUAUAGAGAGACACAAAGAAACGAGACGGCGUUCAGGAGGAGUCCGGGCGCUAACGGGACCGUAACCCCACGAAGGACGAACUCUGCCAGCUCUAACCCCACCACCCCCCUCGGCGGCGGCAGCAGCAGCCUCACGGACGGACUCGGGGAAUUUCUACCCUCUUUCUGGGAUUCUUCUUUGUCGCGUGUUUAAACCCUCAGAUGUGUGUCUGUGUCUGAGCAUCCGGACAGAUAUAUGUGUGUGUUUGUUCUGCUGGAAGCGCGCGCGGCUCCAGCCCCGGACACAAUGCGCACCGCUCUUUUCAUCCCCAAAACUGAGCGAAGACGAUCCGGCUGAUUUUUUAUUUAAUUUUAUUUUUAUCCACCUCUCUCUUUUUUCUUCUUCUGUUCUUCAACAAAGAGAGAUGCCGAAUGYCCACAUGUCCCCGCAGGGUUUGGAUUUAUCACUACUUCUGUUUUGAUGCCGUUCGGCCAGAUCCUGCUGAAAUCCACCAGGCUCCUCCGUGUGUUUUGAUAGCGUUUUCUCCCCCCCUUCCCCCUCCACACCCUCCUCCUCCUCUCCUCCWCCCCCGCCGCGUAUGAUGUAUGAGAGUGUGGACGUUGUGGGRCUGAAUCCCAGCCCGAACCCGUUUCUAAUGAUGGAUUAUUACAACCAGAGCCGAGGGUGCUUGAUCCCAGAGAAAGGACUGGUGCCCGGUGCGCCCCAUCCCUACAGCACGUCCAUCAGGAACCAGCACUGGAACGGAUCCAAUCACUCAAUAGAAACCCAGAGUACCAGCUCAGAGGAGAUAGUGCCAAGCCCACCCUCGCCUCCCCCGCCGCCCCGCGUCUACAAACCCUGCUUUGUGUGCCAGGACAAGUCCUCAGGGUACCACUAUGGUGUCAGCGCCUGUGAAGGCUGCAAGGGAUUCUUCCGGAGAAGCAUCCAGAAGAACAUGGUGUACACAUGUCAUCGGGAGAAAAACUGCAUCAUCAACAAAGUCACCCGCAAUCGCUGCCAGUACUGUCGGUUACAGAAGUGCCUGGAAGUCGGGAUGUCUAAAGAGUCCGUGAGGAACGACCGGAACAAAAAGAAGAAGGAUGAGAAGAAGCAGGAGUGCACAGAGAGCUACGUGCUGAGUCCGGACACAGAGCAGAUGAUUGACAGGGUUCGCAAGGCGCACCAGGAGACCUUCCCCUCCCUCUGCCAGCUGGGCAAAUACACUACGUCUAACAGCUCAGAAAGGCGCGUGUCCUUGGACGUUGACCUGUGGGAUAAGUUCAGCGAGCUGUCCACCAAGUGCAUCAUAAAGACGGUGGAGUUUGCGAAACAGCUGCCGGGCUUCACGACGCUCACCAUCGCUGACCAGAUCACUCUGCUCAAAGCCGCCUGUCUGGAUAUCCUGAUACUGCGGAUCUGUACGCGCUACACACCAGAGCAGGACACCAUGACUUUCUCAGAUGGACUCACGCUAAACAGAACCCAGAUGCACAACGCUGGCUUCGGACCCCUCACAGACCUGGUUUUUGCCUUUGCCAACCAGCUCCUUCCUCUGGAGAUGGAUGACGCAGAGACGGGGCUGCUUAGYGCCAUCUGUUUGCUGUGUGGAGAUCGACAGGACUUGGAAGAAGCGGACAAGGUGGACGUCCUGCAGGAGCCUCUUCUGGAGGCGCUGAAGAUUUACGUAAGAAGGCGGCGGCCUCACAAACCUCAUAUGUUUCCCAAGAUGCUGAUGAAGAUAACGGACCUGAGGAGCAUCAGUGCGAAAGGAGCUGAGCGCGUCAUCACGCUGAAGAUGGAGAUCCCCGGCUCCAUGCCACCCCUCAUCCAGGAGAUGCUGGAGAACUCAGAGGGUCUAGAAAGCGGGGCCGCAGGCAGCAGGCCUAGCGGCGCCCCCCCGGGGAGCUGCAGUCCCAGUCUGUCCCCCAGCUCGGCCCAAAGCAGUCCCGCCACACAAUCGCCGUAGUGUCGGCUCCAUCGGGGUGUUUUUUUUGCGUUUUCUCUCUUUCUCUCUCUCCGUCUCUCUGUUUCUCUCUUCGUGUUGGUCUCUGUCUCCUCCCACGUUGUUCUGAAGCGGAGGGAUACAGGAGGUGGGCUUUGACCAACAGGAGACUGGCAGAGCCGACAUCCUCCUCCUCCUAAACGACACAAGUCCACGUCUCCUGAUCUGCUCGCCGUCACUGCAGGAACACUGUCCGGACGCGRGGUGGGGCGGCGCGGGGGAGGCGAGGCUGGAGCGGGGAGGGGAGGGGCCAGCGCGAUGACUUCGCGAUACCACACCGCUGGCACUGCUGAUCCACCGCCCUYCACUCUCCUCUCCAUCGCUUCCACUUACCUGAAAAAAAAAAAAACAGACAUAUGGAAGCGAGGCGGGACGCGGCGGCGACCAGUUCUGAAUGAAAGCGAGUGAGAGCAGCACAAUGGGACGAACACAAGGACAAUAAACACAGACUGACCUAAACACCAGACACUUUGUUUUUGUUUUUUUCUGUUUUGUUGUUGUUGUUGAUGAUGAUGAUGUUUUGUUGUACUCUGAGGCAGACUGCAACAUUCGAACUUCUAAAAGACCUCACUCCUCAAAGACUUUGGGUCUUUUUUUUCUGUUUUUCCAUUUUCAAAAAAAAAAGGUAAGAAAAAAAGCAAGAAAAAGAACAGAUUUUGUACAAAAGAUGCAUAAAUAUAUAUAGAAAAAUUAAGGAACUAUUGUGAUCGGCGUGUCCAGAAGAGAGCUGCAGGUGGAUAUGAGGACAUGUUUACUGCGCUGAGAUUAGUAAUUGUUGUACUCCUUCACCCUUUGAAUCUUUUCACACCUAUCAAGCAUAACGAGACGAUUCUGUUCGUUUUAUUCUAAUUAACAAAAAAAGUAAAGGAUAUUGACAUUUCUUAAGUCAUGCAAACAGACACACAAAUGUGCACAGAAAACAACAAAAACCACCUUCUAUUCCAGAUUUGUUUUCCUUGUUCUUAAUUUUUUGUUUUGUUUUUUCCAAGUGAAUGAAAAAAAAUGAUUGUAUGAGCUUGGUUAUAUGAUAUCGUCACAGGUCCUUUCAAGAAAUCAAAUUAAUGAAGAUUCAUUAUAAAAGUGUAUUUUAAGUGGCUUUUGAAUUUGUGUAUAUAAGCUGUAUUCAUUUCUUUAAAAACUAUGAAGCGUUUUAGGCUACACAUGACUUUUUUUUUWAAUUCCUUUUUAAUGUGUUUUGUUAUAGAUUUUGUGAUUCAAGACAAUACAGUAUGAGCACAUUUUACUGAAGGAAGUUCUUUCAUGUUUUGUAACAGACCCUUCACCAAUCACUGGCUGUUCAGAAUGUGGCUUUCAUAAAAGAAAUUUAAACUUUUGCUCCCCCUCCUCACCCUUUUUUUAUGUAUUGUUUUAAAGCUGUUUUUUUAUGUACUGUAGAUAAAGUAGCACUCCUGUCGGGGCAUAGCUUUUUAUUUUGCCAUGUAGCAGAAAGAGAGGAUGAAAAUUGUGAGUUGAGAUGCCAUCUGUUGCCUGGGAGUCUCAGCCGUGGAUUAAACCCGUCACUCUUGGUACUCCCUGAAUGAAUCGAUCUGCAAGUGGAACAGGUCAAGACCAGAUCGUAGCGGUUCUUCUGCUCUGUAGAUGUUCAGGCAAGCCAGUGAAGGGUUCCACAUACGAGGCAAGUUCUUGCAACUCUCACCCACCACCCCUCCCCRUUUUCCCCCUCUUUCCGGCAACAUUUAGGAACAAAUAAUGUGCUGGAUCCGGAGCAACCUCGCGCCCUGUGACUCACUUUACACCAAAACGCCUUCAUCAUUAAUCUGUUAUUGCACCAAUGUCUCAGGAAGGAAUCAUUUUGUGUGCUUGGCCUCUUUAUGUGUUCUGUGAUGCAACCCCUAAGCCUCCAAUCACAAAUGCACAUGUGUACACACUUCUUUUUUUUUACACACUUCUGCUACUGAGCCCCCCUCCSACCCCUGAAUUUUCUCUCCAAACACCCACUCUUGGCCUGGCAGACCAGGACUCAUGCAGAGAGACUCGAACCCUGACCGCUCAGCGUUUGCAACAUAGGAUUGCCAGUGUGGAGCCUCUCUCUGAUUCAUGUGUACCUUUUUUUUUUUUUUUUUUUUUUGGGGAAAAAAAAAA